CUGACUUUAGGCACUAAAGCCCUGAAUAAAUUCCAAUUUUUGAUAACUUGCUUUGGUUUUAAGAAUUGGAAUUGUUAAUAUUGAAUUCAUUUCAUCAGUUCGUUCAAUUGUAAUUAAUGUGAAUGCAUUUUUGUCGUAGUCUUAUCAAACAAAAGUCAGUGACAGUUCUUGGGUACCAUUGUUAUCCUAGAUAUCUGUCAUCGUCAUCAUCAGGAAAACAAAAUUAUUACGAUGUUCUUGGGAUCGAUAAAAAUAGUACCCGAAAAGAAAUUAGAAAAGCUUUUCUUGACAAAAGUAAAGAAUAUCAUCCUGACUCGGUAGCAAGAAGUCAUUUAUCCAGUGUUCAAUUGAAAAAUAAGUUCCAAGAGAUUAAUGAAGCCUACCAAGUUCUCAAUGAUCCCACUGAGCGCCAGGUUUAUGAUGAAAGUAUAAAAUAUCCUAAAGCUGGAUAUUCUCAAAGCAAGUGGGGACACAGUGGUUAUGGAAACUAUUCUGAUUAUCAACAAUAUAGAGCUCACCAAGAGUUUAUGAGAAACCAAGGGCAUUAUUGGGCAAAUUACAAUCGUGCAACAGCUCAAGAUUUUGAAGAUUUGACAUGGAGAAGUUUUUUUCGUUGGAAAAUGGGACAGCCUAUUUCUGUGGCCAACUUUCUAGUAAUGAUUUUCGUCCUUGGGGUAUUCGUAGAGAUUCUGCACACAGUUUAUAUAUUUCGCUAUUUUAAUAGUGUCAAAAAAGAAAGAGAAAGAGUUAUGUAUGGAUCUAAUUGGUUUCAAUCAUCUCAAUUCGAUGAAACACAAGCUGAUCGAGAUUUCAAUAGAUUUAUCCUUACGCCAGAAUUGAAAAAGUCAAAAAAUGAAAAAUCUUCCACCACACCGCUGUAAAUAACUUUCUUGGAUCUAUUAUUUCUCUACAUCUGUGAUCACGCAUUCAAACUAUAGUUAUCUGUAAAAAUCUUCAAAAUUCAACUCAAUGUAUAAAGCGAGAUUAUAAUAUAUUUAUUCAAAGAUGAAUCGACUGGGAGUAAUCAAUUUCCAACAGCAAUUGGUGAUUAACGGACACAUGCAUGCAAUGGAUGAACCUCGUUUGAGGGAUUUAGUUUGAUAAAAAACCAAAAGUCCUAUUAGCUGUAUCCCGUGUAUAGUUUAUUCAUUUACAGAAAAAUGUAAAAAUCUCUAUCUUCUCUUAACCCAAUCAUGUUUAUGCCUUAAAAAUUUUGUUUUAAUUGUAUUUAAAGCUACGAGAAAUUAGAAAAAUUAUCUAUCUGUUUUAUUAAAUCAACAUACAAAACGCUCA